CUGGGAAUUCAGGAAUGUACAAGACUGACGAGGUCCCUGCCUUCAUGGAGCUUUUAGUCUCAUAGGGAGACAGGAAACUGAAAAGCAGUUAUUGUGUGGUGUGUGUGACAAGUGCUGAGACAGGAAAAGGACCGGGUGCUUCUUGGGGUGGGUUAACCUGACUGAGUAGGGGUUAUACCAGUUUUCCUCAUCUGUCCUCUUCCCCUAGACCUUCUGUCUUAAGCAGAAUCACCAUCUUGGGGACAUCUGCCUGUCCCUUCACAUGUGCACACAGACACACACUUUGGAGGGAACUUUUCUGCCCUGUGCUGAAUGACAGAUUUGAUUCUUCACUUUGCGUCUCUGACGUGCAUUGAUUCAGAGCCUCCCCUUCCCUCAAGACACCUCUUUCACCCUAGGUUACAAUUGAUGACUACCGAGAAGAGGAUGAGGACAAGGACCCCUACCCACCUUGUGAUGUGCCAGUAGGGGAAGAGGAAGAGGAGGAGGAAGAGGAUGAACCCGAGGUCCCUGCUGGUCCCCGUCCUCGCAGAAUCUCAGAGUUAAACAUGAAGGAGAAAAUCAUUCCCAUCCCUGAAGGAAGCGCUUUCUUCAUUCUUAGCAAGACCAACCCGAUCCGCGUGGGCUGCCACAAGCUCAUCAACCACCACAUCUUCACUAACCUUAUCCUGGUCUUCAUCAUGCUGAGCAGCGCUGCCCUCGCGGCCGAGGACCCCAUCCGCAGCCACUCCUUCCGGAACACUGUAAGCUGUGAGGGGACAGGUGGGCGGGGUGGGGGGCUCUCUCUGGGAUCUGUGCUGGCCUUCACCUAAGCAGAGACUGUCAUCAGGAUAGGAC